UUCUCCUCCUCCAUUAUCUGCCCACACAAACACGAUCCCCGAGGCAUUCACGCAGCUACAGUGAAAAGAGCAAAGAGAGGACUGCAUCCCCUCCGCUGAACAUGAGACCGGCGUUCUUCUCGCUCACCCUGACUGCCUGUGUGUGUGUGUCUGUAAUGGUGGAUUGUAGACCAAGGGUCCAGGACACAGAGCAUCUUCCACAUCAUCAUCAUCAGCACAUCGGAGGGGCAUCUGCUGACACGGGGCAUUUUUACUCUGAACUAAGCGGAUCAAUAAAACGGGUUCACAGAAAAUAUCUGGUUGUUUUGCCAGUAACAACAGAUACAAGCAACAUUGUGUCAAUAUUUGACUUGAGAAGACAACGGUACCUCUGUAUGAACCUAAAGAAAGAGCUGUACGUCUCUAGGCACAUGGACAAAGAGGACUGCCUCUUCCAGCUGCUGAGCCACUAUGACACGUUUUACCCUGCAAGUGGGGGCAAGCUGCUCAAACUGGAGCGAACUAAAGACUCCUCGGCUCUGCUGCACAGAUUCCCGGGUCCCUUGGUAAAGAGGCAGAGAAGGAGCGAGGAGGUGAAUCCCUCCGACCCUUUAAGAACACACACGCUUCCCUCACAUUCAGCCAAAGACCACAAGGAAGAAUCCCUCGGGCAGCCUGAGCAGGACCAGGCCGGCGCCGUGUCCAAGCAGACCAUCAACUCUUGUGACGACCCCCUGCGCGUCUUACACUCAAACGGCCCCGUCAGUCCCGUCAAGACUAAUAUCGCAGACCAGGCAGAACAUGAAUAAGAUACUGAACAUGGAAAUGAAACAAACAGGACGCUUUAAAGUUCGGAAAACUCACUGAUGUAUGUUUUAACAGCAUGCACCGACGUUGUCCAUGCAGUUGUGGACUGCAGUUUUCAGCGAGAGCCACAGAAUAACAUACGGGGGAGUGUGAGGCCCACAUUCAAGGCUGGUUUGUCAUUACCUGAGGUCACAUGAGAGCAUUACACACAGUCUUAGACUAAAAAGACAUUUCUCUUAGAAAAUCUAUUUCUGAUUGUUUGUUUUUAAUGUUGCUAUCGUGCCAGGUAAUGUUCUCACGAACCUCGUUACAUCACAGUGGUAGUCGGCUCUGUUUGAACAGCGGAAUGCAGGAGAAGAUUGGCAACAUUCGACAUAAUGGUGAGGCGAGUUUGGGCCGACGUCCCACAGUUCUUUCACCUCCUUUGUCAGUUAAAUUUUAAACCUUUUGACCAGAAUGGGGCAAUGUUUAUUUUGCAUAUGUAAGAAAAAAAAAAUGCUGUAAGUAAUCUGUAAGUAAUUAUGAAUAUUUAUACAUAAAUCUAGUGCAUACUGGUGUAAAAAACACAACAAAUAUUUUCAUUAACAGAAUCAAAUAAUGUCAGGUGCCGGACACCAAUAGUUACAGCAAUAAUAAAAAAAGAUAUUUAUUUAUUGAAAUGUGUUUGUAUUGAAAUUACUUUCUUUCUCGUCUAUUGUUUUAUUAUUUAUACAUUUCAUGUUGUAUUAUAUGGAAAGAAAUAAAUGGUUAUUACUAUUCUGUUA